AUGGAGAAAAGGACCCUAACAACGUUCGGACAACACUCUUUCGUUUAUUCUAGUUUUUAUUCAUAUUUCUUCACUUUUCUCCUAGUCUCUCCUUUUUUCUUUGUUUUUCCUUUUUCGUUGCCCGAUUUAUCUUUAUUCAGUCUUCAAUUUCUUUCCCAUUUUUUCUUGCUCUUUUUCUUCAUUUUAGUUAAGUUUCCCUACCUUCUUUCUUUCUUCCUUUUUUUCCCCUUCAUUCUCUUUUCUUCCUUUAUUUUUUUUAUAACCAACUGUCAUUAUUUCAUUCACUCAUUUCGUCUCUGUUCGUUUGCUUGUUGGUUCGUUUUUUUUUCUUUUUUCUUUUCUCCUUUAUUUUUUCAUUUCUUUAUUUACUUUGUGUUCCUUUUUUUUAUUCACUUACUUUUAACUUCGUUUUCUUUUCUUUCUCAUUUUUCUUUCUCUUAUGAUUCGUUCCUUUCUUUCCAACUGUCCGGAACUUCUUUCUUUCUUUCUUUCUUUCUUUCUUUCUUUCUUUCUUUCUUUCUUUCUUUCUUUCCAGCGUUCCCUACUUGUUCCUCCUUCAUAUUCCCUUCUUCCGCUCUCUCCCUCUUUAGCGGUCCCUAUUUGUUCCUCCUUCAUACACCCUUUUUACUCACUUCCUUUACUUCUUCGACCAUUGCCUUUAUUUUCAUUUCCAUCUACUUACACUCAACCCGUUUGCAACUCUACCUUUCCUGUCCCUUUUCCGCCUUCUUUCAUUCAUUCACCAUUUACUCGAUCCAAGCCCCCUCCUUCCUGCACUUUGUACAGCCUUUCACUUUCACCCUGAACUCCUACCAUUUUCGUUUGUCCUUUUCUCUCGUCGCAUAA